UAUUGCGAGAUGAUUUUCGUUUGGUGCCAAAGGAUACGGUAGCAUUGGUUGGCGGACCAGUUGUACUGAAUUGUACGCCGCCGAGAGGUGUACCUGAGCCGAGCGUGCUGUGGUAUAUGAACGGGAAAUCGCUUGAUCUAAGUGGAAAAAGGCUGUCAACGGUGGACUCAGGCAGUUUGUUGAUAUCAGAAGUACAAGCAUCGGACGCGGGAAAAUAUGAAUGUUCGGCACAAAAUCAGGCUGGAAGUCGAACCGCACCGCCGGCUAUGCUCAAAGUAUUGGCACCGCCGACCGUUUUGCGUGGACCGCAAGACACUGAAGUCAUAGAAGGCGACGGUCUUGAUUUGCCGUGCGAAAUUCAAGGCGAUCCAGUGCCGGUGGUGACGUGGCAUCGCGAGAAUGGCGAACUGCCCGAUGGCCGAUCACGAAUUUUACUGGAUAACACAUUGCGCAUGGAAGAUACACGGCCCGAAGACCAAGGUCGAUACAUUUGCAAGGGACACAACGAAGGUGGCAAUGUUUCGGUUGCUGUGAAAAUUCUCGUUUAUGCGUCUCCAUCGUUCAUUGAAGCGCCCACCGAUGUGGAAGUGAAUGAAGGUGGUUCAGUAAAGUUGCCAUGCCGAGCUCAAGGUCGUCCAAAGCCGCGUAUCAUUUGGGAUCGUAUUGGGAAUUCGGCUGCAUCGCAGCUGCAGCAUCAGCAUCAAAUGAAUAGUAAAAUUACGCAAUAUUUGGAGAAGGAUACACAAGAAGACCUUUUGGCCAAGGCAAAAAUCAUGAGCCUACGAUCAAAACGCUCGAUUAUCCAAAAGAAACCAGACAUUUCAACCGAAAGUGAAAGUUACAAGCGCCAAAGAGCCUUUGAUCAAAUUAUGCGCGAUGAAAAUCAAGAAAUAUUGCAAAAAUUGCUGCGAAAAAAGCGCCAAAUCGAUGAUGAUACGAUCGACAGUGACGAUGACCAAACACCUGAUGCAAUUCCAAUUUUGGUGUUCUCCACACAGGCACCGCAAGAAGUGUCUCGAUUACAGGUCACCGACGAUGGUGAAUUGAUUUUAUUGGACGUAACAGAACGUGAUCAGGGUUGGUAUGGAUGUGCCGCAUUGAAUGAAGCCGGAUCCACGAUUAAGCGGAUAUUCAUACGUGUAAUCAAUAGUUCAAACGGUAAGGAUGGCGAAAAUGUGCCCGCAUCUUUGGAUGCAAUUGGCUCGAGCGAUCGCUUCUCCAACGAUCAGAAUAUUUUAAUCAAUUCCGUGCUCGCUACAUCACCAAAUUCCCUUGACAUUGAUUGGGAAACGAAUGAUGGCAUUCCAGCCACAUCGUUGACACUUCACUAUCGCAUUGUCGGCUCGAAUGAAUUCCAAACGGCCAGCGCCAUGAUUGACGCCAAAGAGUAUACAAUCAACGAUCUUCGAGCACACACCGAAUACGAGGUAUUCGCAUCGGUUCCACAUGGAUUAAGCGGCUCCAUUUCGAAUAUACGAAAAGGCAAAACAUUGGAUGGUCCACCGAGCUCACCACCUACCGACAUUCGAGUCGGAGUGAUAAAUACCACCGCAGCUUUUGUUCGAUGGUCGCCACCCCCAGUGGAUAUGCUCAAUGGUGAAUUAACGGGCUACAAGAUUCAAAUCAAGUCGAAUGUAACAAACAAAUUGCUGGGACAAAUGUCGUUGAAUGCAACCACUCAGUCGGUAGUAAUAAAUUCAUUGAAUCCAGGUGGUCGGUAUACGGCACGAGUUGCAGCGCAAACAGCAGGCGGUCUAGGACCGUACAGUACACCAGCUGCACUACACAUGGACCCAUCAUUCAUUUCUCGACCGCCAAAAACUGAUCCAACGGUUGGUACUUGGGCAACAACCUGGAUGUCUGGAAUCGCAUUGGCCAUUCUAGUGAUAUCGUUAAUCAGUGGAGCCAUAUUUGCCUUGUAUUGGGCUCGCAAAAAUAAACGCAACAUGAAAGCAUCGUAUCCAGGACCAAUUUUGACUGCCACACUGCCCGAUAAGCAACAUACACUUUGGUUACACGGUAACACACUAUUGAAGCCGAUGCAUUCGGUGACGGCGCCAAAUGCGAAUCUCGCAUCGGAAUACGCGGAAGUGGCGCAAAUAAUGCCAAAGGCAAUGAAUGUGUCUGCACCACCAGAGCCAUAUGCAACGGUGACGUUGCAACGUGGUGCACAAUCCGAUGAUUCGUGUAUCAAAUGUUCGGCGAGUCCAUCGUCGAGUGAAUACAAUGCGCCAGUUCGUGAACCGUUGAACAUAUGCGAUGUGUUGCCACCACCGCCCGAUCAUCCAUACUACAAGCCGAAUAUGGCGAGUAUGACAAUACGAACGAAUCCAGUAGCAAUGUCGCCGCAAAUAUGUCGUCGUCCGGUGGCUGGUGGUCAAUUGCGUUGGCCAACUCUUCCUCCGCCAGUGCCACACUUCCCACAAAAUUGGCAACAGCAUCAGCAAGCACAGCAGCAGCAACAACAACAGCCACCCGACGAUCAAAACUACAAACGUCAUCGAAACACAUCGCCCGAAAUCGAAGAGGAAAAUGACUACGAAAGCGGUUCAGUAUUGUACGAAGAAUGCGAUCCAAGUUUAGGUAAAAAUUUCUUCAACUAUGGCGGUGAACCGACCGAAGAAUACUAUCGUAAUAUCAAUAUGGAAUUUUUGGACGAAAAUGAAUUGGAACCACCACCCGAUCCAUGUCCCGAUUCACUGCCAAAACCCAAUCGCACCAAACACAGCAGUAGUGGUUAUUCGGGCCAGUCAUGGCUCAGCCAAACGCACAAUGCAUCCGAAUCGUCGGCAUCGUAUGACGAAGAUCGCCACAAGCCACGCAACGAUCAAAGUCCGGUGAAUAGUCGAAGGUCGGCACGGAAUCAAAGCUGCAACGGCAGCCAGCACAGUUCCGACGAAAGUGAAAGUGAUAACAAUCGAUGGCCAUCACGACUGCGUCGAAGCCGAUCCAAAUCCAGCGAUCGCAAAUAUCGAAACGGCCGAUAAAAUCGAUCGGAGGGUAGCUGGCAGCCAGUGUUCCUUUUUUUUGAAUUCGCCAUAUUUAUAUAAUAUAGUAUUCCAAAAUAUCAAACACAUCAUCAAAUUUAAUUUAUUUAUACAUAUUUAACGAUGAGAAGAAACCAAAACAUAAUUGACACAAAAAAAAAUUCAUUCUAAAGAAAAAACGCAUAUUCGAGCGCAUUCGAGGUUGGAUGCCAUACAAUUUGCCCAUGGCCACACAUUAUGAUUGUGGAACGCAUUUUCACAUUUCAACACACACACACAAUUAUAAAUAAAUAUAUAUACAUAGCUCGCUCAGUGAAAAUGAGAGAUAGCAUGAGGUAGAGUGCUGAUGAAAAUUUAGUUGUUAUCUUAUGUAAAUAGCGAUUUAAAUGAAAAAGAUAAAAAUGAAGACACAAAAUCAUCCAAACGCUAGAAUUAAUCUCUUUAUUUUUGAUUUUCGAAGUUAAUAACUUAUUUGUAAUAGCUUAGGAGUAUAAAAAGAAAUGAAUUAUUUAAGUUUCCGAUCGACAAAUUCCUAUGGUGUGAAAAUUCGGCACAUCAGUCCAAAUAUCAGCGGAUCUAAUAAGAAAGAAACCUUCCGAGCUAAUUUUUGUCAGAUGUUGAAUGAAAAAAAAAUCCUUUAAUCCGAGACCUGUUCGCCUGAUUCGAUAUUAGAAAAAAAACCCUUCCCGAUAACGAAUUAUUUGUAAUCUGAUUAUGAAAUUCGUUGGUAAUGGACUCAGUCAUUAUAGAAGUCAAUUCAAAUUGGAAUCACUAGAAAAUGUCAAUUGGCUUGAAAUUCGGUUGAGUUUUUCAACUUGAAGUCCUGCUGAGGUUUUGAUUAAUUUAAAUCAUGUUGAUUGAUUCAACUUAAGUCAGUUACAGUCUAAUUGAAACAUUCUACAUUUGAAUAAAACCAAGAAAAAUAAGUUCAGCCAACAGUUCACCAAAAAAAAUAAUUUUCCUCCAUCAUUUCUUGAUAUUUAUUUACCUUCUACUGCUGGAAAAUUCAAAACUUGUUUUUCAACGAAAAUUUUAGGUGGAUAUUCAAAUCUUGGACAAUUUAGCAAUUGUCAAAAUAAACAAAGAAAUUGUGCCCAUCAGGCAUGGACCUCAUUUGCAACCAGACGAAAAAAUCAUGUUAAAUUUUGUAGAAAUUUAAAGUUGAGACAAACCCUAAACAAAAAAACAACUCAGUAGACUCGUUUUUCGAAACGUUCGUGUCAUAUCACAGUUUAAUCGUAGGUAUUGAGAUCAAAAUUUCGCAUUUUAGUGAGUUAAGAAAUCAAAUAAGAAGAAACAGAGAUUAGUAGCCAAAGUUUAUUUUGAACGAUAAACCCAAAGAUAGAAGUAUAACAAUUUGAAAAUAACAUGUUGCCAGAGAAGAUUACAUAGAAAUGUUCAAAUUUGUUUGAAUUUUCGUUUAUUGCUAAAAAAAAAAAAUAUCCAUUAUCCAACCGAACAUAUCUCGAGACUCGAGGUGUGACAAGUCGCAUUGGCGAUGAUGUCAGCUUUACAUUUUUGACGCCGUGUUGUUGUUUGUCAAGCUUUACUCAUUGAAAAUGCAAGAACGAAAAAGAGAGAGAUAGGAAUAGAAGUAAGAAGAAGCGGAAUGCCUAUCAAAAUGUUCAAACACUCAAUUUUCAUGAUCUUGACCAAGUCAUUGUUUUGUAGCUCUUAAAUAAUGUUUAAAAACGAAUACAGAUCGAAAAUGAAACAAAAAUACACACAAAACAUAAAACCGUACGCACAUGUGUCGGACAAACCAAAUUCCUUAAAACAAGACAAACAUUUCAAACGCUUUCUGCUUCUACCAAAUAGACAUUUCAUAUUUUGGUUUUCGGUUCCACAAAUAGGCUUCUUCAUUUUCGUUGAUUUAUUCGCCAAUCCAACAUGACAAAUCAAAUGGUUGGUUUGUAAAGAAGAAAAUAAUAAAUUUUAUAAGACUGAUGUAAACAAAUAAACAUUCAUUGCAAAAUAGAUACAAACACACUCACAAACAGCUAACACACAUGACAAUUGACACGAAGAAUGGUUGAGCACCAAUUGAAGAAUUCAUAACACGAACAAAUUCUGCAAUUUUCCACGUUCUACAGCCAUUUUUCUUAACAUUGUGUGCGUGUGUGGGUGCGUGUGAUAUCAACAGAUUUUCUUUUCUGAACAACAACAAUAAAAAAAAACAAUGCAAUAAACGAAACCAUUUCAAAAUAAA